AUGUCCAUGGCAUCUUUGCCGGUCGUGAGUCUGGAGGACGAAGAGGGCGAUGACUCUGACAGCGGCAGCGGUUCAAGCGUCUGGAUUUGGUGGCUUCCGUUCGCGUGCCCACUCCUCGCGGCGCGGUUUUCGAGUGUACCUCUCCCGCCCGCUCCGCGAGUCGUCAUCCUCGAUACAUUUGGUGUCAUUCUGGUGAGCACCCUUCGCCUCCGGCAGACAUGCGUUGAUGUGAAUGGCAUGGCACGUUCUAUGCAGGACAGGGAAGGCGCAAUCCUCAACGCUCUAGAGCCGUGGCUGCCUCUGGUCCGCCACCGACCCCGCGAUUCAGUAGCAGCUUUGAAACUCUACAUCGAGCUCGAAGCGUUGGCCGCUCGCGAGCUGUGCGCCGGCGCCACGUCGCUACCGGUCAUCUUCCACACCGCCCUCGCCACAUUCUCAACUAGGCUCGGGCUGCCGGCGGUCUUUCGCAGUACCUUCUUCGCCGACGCCGCCGCGUCCAUUCUCCAUCCACAGCCGUACGAGGACGCCGAGCGGGCCGUAGCACAGCUCUCCCAGCGCGGCUGCACGAUCGUCGCCCUCGUGCCCUUCUCCGCCAGCACGCUCGCGGCCGUGCUCCCGCCCCGCCUCCGUGCAGCCGGAGUGCAGCUCUUCCCCUGCCCUAUACCGCUGCACGUCGCCGUCCCCGCCACGUUCUUUGCGACGCUUCGCCGGUGGUGUCAGCAGGUGCUCCCAUCGUGCCACGGCGGCUGCGCCCCGGAAGAAAUCGUCGUCGGGAGCGGGGGCGUCGGCCGGAUUCUCGCUUGGGCGUCGACAGAUAUGCACCCCACGGUGCUGAUCAAGCGGCCUGGAGGCAUCGAGUGCGAUGUGAAUUUCGUCGUUGGCACGGGCCAUGCCACUCCGCAGCCAUCGGCCGUCGUUGGCGGCCUGGAUGGGCUCUGUCGCGCUCUCUCCUUCUGA